AUGGAAUGGGCCCAUCUAGUGAAAUGUGAGAAAGUACGGUACAGAAACUUGAAGAGGAACCACCUGGCUAUGCUUACUAUAGGUAAGUGUCCCAGAUUUGAACAGAGACAAAACGAAGUUUAGAUUCAUCACUAUUACUUUAGUUUUUUUUUUUUUUACUCCUGUCCAAGAGGAGUCUCUCUGCCUUUGUGUUGUAUUGAGCCAUGUCUCUACUCACUGGCGUAAAGGUAGCUAACUCAGUUCCGUACAUAUGUGGGCAACCGCGGCAUUCAAACGAGGCUGCAAUAAAAACGAAUGGUACUGGAGCGACUGUGUUGGCAUCAAAAUCCGGGGUGUGAACUAAGUUCCGAUUCAGCGUUGAUUGACAUGCAAAUAGACCAAUAGUAUUGGAGAAAAGUUGAAAAAACUGACCCGCUGACAACGACGUAAUGUAUGGCACGCAUUAUUCAGUCCUUCUGUGCCAUACAGCCUCUUUCCACCAGGUGUAGCGCUUCUCUCGCAGAUUAAAAACAAGAAAUGAUCAAUGGCGAGUGUAAUGGUGAGUGUAAAGUUAAUUACUCUUGAGUUCAUCAAUAGUUAAUUUAAUCAAUAGUUAAUUUUCACUGCGAGCCAUCAUGACUCUCAAAAACCGUGACACCCACAGUUUAAUUGUGAAGAUAAAUUUAGCGCUGCCCCAAAAACCCUAUUCAAAUUCAACACAAACCUUCAAAUAGGUAUGUAAUGAGACAUUAUAUACACUCUAUAGUAUUUUAUUUACAUUUUAGAGGUGAUAAGUUAGACAAAUCGGGUGAAAAAAGCUGGUUCCCCACACAACAUAUCUCCCCCUUUCACUAUGACGCAGUAGCUUUUGCUUCCUCACCCGCCAUUUAAAAAAAGACCCGGCGGAGCUCCAUUGCUUUCUUCAAUCAUGCAGAAAUGGGCAGCAUGAAGGUCUCGUUAUGGAUUUUGCUGGAAAGGGGAGAAAGUGUGCUUUACGAUGGUAUUUAUAUUACAGUUGACCUGAAAGUAUUACGUUUUGGGGGCGCUAAAACAAGGUCAAAUGUACGGAUCGUUACCACCCAACUCGCAGCUCCCGCAAGGCGUGGGGCCCAAAUUACCCUGGAGGAUACCUCCCCCUCCCCAUAUAGCAUAUGAACACGUAAUAAAGCCCUGGAUUUAUUUUAUUUUAUUAGAGGAAAUUCGCUGUAAAACUGCAAAAUUUUUGCUCAGACCUUGCUUGUCCCCACGAAACUACGGUACACCACUCUCUCUACUGUGUGUUGUAUUGAUCAGUGUCUCUACUAUGUGUGCUAAUGUGUCCCUCAGGGCUGAACUCCCCAGUACCUGCGUUUAUGAGGAGAGGCAGACCUAAAUUGGUGAACACCGCUCCGCUUCUUGCACCCAGUGACUCCGAGGAGGAUGAGUGGACCCCUCGACUGGAGAGAUGCCCACCAGGUAGAGCAGUAUUGAUAAACGAGGAUCUUAUCAUAUCAUGUUAGUAGAAAGGUAGGGUUAGGAGAAGGCCUGUUAGUACUAGUCUAUGAUGCUGAUUGAAUAUCAGAGAAACAGGAACCUAACUCAGAAUGACUCUACUCAGUGUGACUAGUAGGUAGGACCUACCCAGGUACCACUAGGCUAGUAGACAGGUAGGGCUAAAGGAGUGGAAGGUAUCCUAAAAUAAGUGAAGUGGUCUGUGUUACUGCUAGGGCAAACCCGUUUUGGUGAUGUCUGGUAUAUCAUCAAAAUCAACCAAUCAGAGCACAUUUUUGGACCCAUUCAGCGGGGGAGGGGAGGGGGGGGGGAUAUGCGCUGUUGAAACUACCACAACUCAAAAACCACAUGGAAGCUGGAGAUAUUUUUUACAUCACUGGUUAGAGGACAACCUGCAGAACACAUUCAGUUACAUUUUUAUAUGGGCUUUCCAAAACAGAAAGAGUAACGCAACACUGUUUUGUCAAUCACUCAUCGAUUAUCAGGGUGAAAUCAAUUGCGCAAGAGCGGGGAGAUGAGGUUGCAUGUCCUGUUAAAACGAACACAGCUCAAAAAACACACGGAAUCUGGGAAUAAUGUGUACAUCACUGGUUAGAGGACAAUUUGUAGAAGACAGCUAGCUACAUUUUGAAGUGUUGCAUUUUGUUUAAAGUGGGUCGCCAACAUGGUAAGUCUAACGCAACGCUUUUUUUGUUAAUAAUUUCCAUCGAAUUCACGCUGAAAUCAAUAGAACAAGGGGCAAACGUUUGGGUUGUAGUGCUGUUAAAACGAACACUAUUCAUUGUUCACACAGAAACUUGACAGGUAGCCUAGUGGUUAAGCGCAUUGGGCAAAUAACUGAAAGGUUGUUGGUUCGAGUCCCUAAGCUGAUUAGGUGGAAAUUCUGACAAAGUUCUGCCUUGAGCAAGGCAGUUAACCCUAAUUGCUCCUGUAAGUGCCUCUGGAUAAGUUUCUGCUAAAUGACACAUAUAUAUUUAUACAGUGCCUUUGGAAAUUAUUCAGACCCCUUGAUUUUUUCCACAUUUUGUUACGUUACAGCCUUAAUCUAAAAUUGAUUAAAUACAUGUUUUCCCUCAUUAAUUUACACACAAUACCCCAUAAUGGCAAAACGAAAACAGGUUUUUAGAAAUUUUAGCAGAUAUUUAUAUAAAAAAACAAAAACUUAUUUACAUAAGUAUUCAGACCUUUUGCUAUGAGACUCGAAAUUGAGCUCAGGUGCAUCCUGUUUCCAUUGAUCAUCCUUGAUAUGUUUCUACAACUUGAUUAGAGUCCACCCACCUGUGGUAAAUUCUAUUGAUUGGUCAUGAUUUGGAAAGGCACACACCUGUCUAUAAAAGGUCCCACAGUUGACAGUGCAUGUCAGAGCAAAUACCAAGCCAUGAGGUCGAAGGAAUUGUCCGUAGAGCUCCGAGACAGGAUUGUGUCGAGGCAUCUGGGGGACGGUACCAAAACAUUUCUGCAGCAUUGAAGAUACCAAAGAAAACAGUGGCCCCCAUUAUUCUUAAAUGGAAGCUGUUUGGAACCACCAAGGCUCUUCCUAGAGCUGGCCACCCUGCCAAACCUGGUGGUUCCAAACUUCUUCCAUUUAAGAAUGAUGGAGACCACUGUGUUCUUGGGGACCUUCAAUGAUGCAGACAUUUUUUGGUACCCUUCCCCAGAUCUGUGCCUCGACACAAUCCUGUCUCGGAGCUCUGGACAAUUCCUUCGAACUCAUGGCUUGGUAUUUGCUCUGACAUGCACUGUGAACUGUGGGAAUGUCACACCCUGAUCUGUUUCACCUGUCUUGUGAUUGUCUCCAACCGCCACCAGGUGUCUCCCAUUACCUCAUGUGUAUUUAUACCUGCGUUUUCUGUUUGUCUGUUGCCAGUUGGUCUUGUCCCGUCAUGUCCUACCAGCGUGUUCCCGUGUUUCCUGUGUUCUAGUUUUUGCUUUUUCUAGUCUUCACAGUUCUGACCUUUCUGCCUGACCUGACCCUGAUACUGCCUGCCAUCCUGUACCUGCCUGACUCUGAUUUGGAUUACGACUCUUUGCCUGCCUUGACCUACCGAUUGCCUGCCCCUUGUACUGUAAUAAACUCUGAGACUCGUACUAUCUGCCUCCUGUGUCUGCAUCUGGGUCUUAGCCUGAGCCUCGAUAGUACGUACUAGCCAUGACUGACCCAGCAGACUCGGACCAGCUCCGCAUCGCUGUCUCCUCCCAAGGAGCCACCAAUGGAAGACACGAGGGGUUAUGACAAAGCCUUAUGGAGGGACUCCAUACCAUGGCAGAACGCCAUGACCAUGCGUUCAAUACAUUGCUGGAGCAAUUCUGCGGAUUCCCAACUAGGCAGCAAGCCACAACAGUAAACCCCCAGACUCUCAGCAACCCCGCCACCAGCGGCUCUUCUUCCCAGCCUACCCCGUGUCCCGAGAACCUUGCUUACCUCCUCUGGAGCGAAAGCUGGAGAUUCUGGAAUCUGACGGGUGUUUCUCUCCCAGUGCUCCCUCAUCUUCGAGCUGCAGCCUUCUUCGUUUCCCUCGGACCGCUCGAAGAUGGCGUACUUGAUAACGCUGAUGUCCGGGAGGGCCCUCGCCUGGGCUACGGCGGUGUGGGAUCAACAGUCCACCGUUUGACUCAGUCUGGAAGAGUUUGUGGCGGAGGUACGAAAAGUGUUCGAUUCUCCAUGGUCCGGGAAAGAGGCUGCUCGUAAGCUGCUCCAACUACGUCAAGAAUCUCGUAGUGUGGCAGACUACGCAGUGGAUUUUCGCACAUUAGCGGCUGAGAGUGCCUGGAAGCCCUGUUUGACAUGUUCCUUCACGGAUUAUUGGAGUUGAUUUAAAGACUGAGCUCGCAGCCCGGGAGCUGCCCAUGGACCACGACUCCCUCAUAGCCUUGACCAUUCGGAUCGAUGGGCGGCUACGGGAACGUAGGAGGGAGAGGGGGUCUGUUCCCUGUCGCCCUCAAAUUCCACCUCGCCUUUGGGGAAUCCCGGAAAUCCCUGAAGGCUACAUUUCUGUGGGAGUCUGGUGUCUCCCGAGUUCCCUCUGAGAUCACCGAGGGCUGCCGACUCGCCUCCUCCAGAGCCCAUGCAACUGGGCAGGACUAGAUUGUCCCCUGCUGAGCGCUUAAGUGGACGGAACACUAAGAGCUGUCUGUAUUUCUUAUCUACCUGUCCAUUAAAAGACCAGGCUCAUCAGUAGGUACGAGUACACUGGUGAGCCGUUAGGGGAGUUUCCAAUCUCUCUCUACUCGUAACCCCCUCCUAUGCUACCCUGUUGUGGGGAGACAAGUCCAAAUCCAUCCGGGUGCUCAUUGACUCUGGGGCCGACGAGAGCUUUAUGGAUACUACCCUGGUGUUGGAGCUGUGUAUCUCCACUCAACCCCUUUCCAUCCCGAUGGACAUCAGAGCGCUGGAUGGGCGCUCAAUGGGCAGAAUCACUCACAAUACGGUUCCUAUCAACCUGCGAGUGUCAGGCAACCACAGUGAGGCUAUGCAGUUUCUGCUCCUGGAGUCUCCUCAUGUACCCAGGGUUUUGGGGUUUUCAUGGCUCCAGAGGCACAAUCCCCCGUAUCUACUGGGCUACGGGUUCCAUCAUGGGUUGGAGUCCGUUUUGCCAUGCACAUUGUCUGAAGUCGGCGCAGCCUGCUCCGGGACGUCUCCCUGCGGGCUUGGGUAUACCUUCGGAUCUCUCCGCCAUUCCAAUGGCGGAGUACCAGAACUUACCGGAGGUUUUCAACUGCCCCCGCCACAUCUCUUCCUCCGCAUCGGCCCGACUGUGCAAUCGACCUUCUCCCGGGCACUGCACCACCUCGGGGGCGACUUUAUUCCCUGUCGGGUCCGGAGACCAAAGCUAUGGAAGGGUACGUUGAGGACUCUCUCGCUGCAGGGAUUAUGCAUCCAUCUGCCUCCCCUGCUAGCGCAGGGUUCUUCUUUGUGGAGAAGAAGGACAAGACCCUGCGUCUAUGUAUCGACUACCGGGGUCUUAAUGACAUUACGGUUAAAACCCGUUACCCACUACCACUCAUCUCCUCUGCUUUCGAGCCUCUCCAGAGGUCGGUCAUCUUCACCAAGUUAGACCUUCGGAACGCCUGGCAUCUGGUUCGGAUACGGGAAGGAGACGAGUGGAAGACAGCCUUCAACACGGCUAGCGGGCACUAUGAGUGCCUGGUGAUGCCGUUCGGACUGACCAACGCUCCCGCAGUGUGCCAGGCCCUGGUCAAUGAUGUGCUCCGUGACAUGUUGAAUCGAUUUGUGUUUGUAUACCUCGACGACAUGCUCAUUUAUUCCCGGUCAGCUCCAGAGCACGUUCUCCAGCAUCUCCUGGAGAACCAGCUUUUCGUGAAGGUGGAGAAAUGUGAGUUCCAUCGCUCUACCAUCUCCUUCCUAGGAUACGUCAUCGCUGCAGGGAAUAUUCAGAUGGGCCCUGACGAGGUGAGAGCAGUGGUGGAUUGGCCUCAACCCACAUCCAGAGUGCAGCUGCAACGUUUCCAGGGGUUUGCUAAUUUCUACUGUCGGUUCAUCCAGGGUUACAGCACCCUUGCUUCCCCCCUCUCUGCACUCACCUCUCCCAAGGUUCCGUUCAUAUGGUCUCCAGCAGCUGACCGGGCUUUCUCAGACAUCAGGCAGCGAUUCACUUCAGCUCCCAUCUUAAUCCAUCCGGACCCAUCCCGUCAGUUUGUGGUGGAGGUCGACGCCUCGGCUGUCGGAGUAGGGGCUGUCCUUUCCCAGCGUUCUGCCCAGGACCAGAAGCUGCAUCCCUGCGCCUUCCUUUCCCAUCAUCUUAACCCCGCUGAGAGGAAGUAUGACGUGGGAAAUCGAGAAUUACUCACAGUCAAGAUGGCGUUGGAGGAAUGGAGGCACUUGUUAGAACGGGCGGAACACCCAUUCUUGGUGUGGACGGACCAUAAGAGCAUGGAAUAUCUCCGCACCGCCAAGCACCUCAACUCCAGGCAGGCGAGAUGGGCCCUGUUAUUCACUCGUUUCCAUUUCACUAUCUCCUACCAUCCGGGGUCCAAUAAUGUGAAGCCUGACGUACUCUCACGUCUGUACAGCCCCGCUACUACACCAUCGGACCCCGAGACCAUCCUCCCUACUUCCUGUCUAGCGGCUGCUAUCAUCUGGGGAAUAGAGAGGGGGGGCCCGGCUAACCGGAUGUUUGUCCCGGACUCUGCCCGUGCUCCGGUCCUGGAAUGGGCACAUUCCUCAAGACUCACCUGGCUCCCGUCGGACCUAGGCUUUUGUCCAUCAACGUUUUUGGUGGCCCACCAUAGUUCCUGACGUUUCCGCGUUCGUUGCUGCCUGCACUGUGUGUGCGCAGAACAAGACUCCGUGGCAAGCUCCGGCUAGCCUCCUUCAACCACUCCCUGUUCCUCACCGCCCCUGGUCCCAUAUAUCCUUGGACUUCGUCACGGGUCUCCCUCCGUCAGAGGGCAACACCACCAUCCUUACGGUGGUGGAUAGGUUUUCCAAAGCCGCGCAUUUGAUCCCCCUUCCUAAGUUGCCCUCAGCUAAAGAGACGGCCCAGCUCAUGGUGCAGCACGUUUUCCGGAUCCAUGGACUUCCAGUGGACAUGGUCUCCGAUCGCGGUCCUCAGUUCUCAUCCCGGUUCUGGAACAUUUCUGCACCCUCAUUGGGUCGUCGGCCAGCCUGUCCUCUGGUUUUCACCCUCAAUCUAACGGCCAGUCAGAGCGAGCCAAUCAGGAUCUGGAGAAGACUCUUCUUUGCCUCGUCUCCACCAAUCCCAAACUGGAGCCAGCAACUCGUGUGGGUGGAAUAUACCCGCAACACCCUUCCCUGUUCUGCUACUGGUCUCUCGCCUUUUGAGUGUUCCCUGGGAUAUCAGCCCCCGCUCUUCCCGGAGUAAGAGGAAGAGGUCAUCAUACCUUCUGCUCAGAUGUUCAUCCGUCUCUGUCACCGUACCUGGAAGAGAGCCCGGGCCGCUCUUCUCAAGACCACCUCCAGGUAUCGACGACAGGCGUACCGCCACCGGACCCCUGCUCCCUGCUACCGUCUUGGGAAGAGGGUAUGGCUUUCCACUCAGGAUCUGCCCCUCCGGGUGGAGUCCUGCAAACUUUCCCCCCGUUUUAUCGGCCCUUUCCCCAUCUCUAAGGUCCUUAGCCCCUCUGCUGUUCGCCUUCUGUUGCCCCGCACCCUCCGUAUACAUCCCGCUUUCCAUGUAUCUAGAAUUAAACCCCUGUCUCACAGCCCUUUGUCUCCUGUUUCCAGGCCCACCCCACUCCCCCGUCUCAUCGACGACCAUCCGGCGUACACGGUGAGGCGCCUCCUGAGUGUUCGACCUCGAGGCAGGGGAUUCCAGUACCUGGUUGACUGGGAGGGUUAUGGCCCGGAGGAGAGGUGUUGGGUCCCCACCAGGAAUAUCCUUGACCCAGCCCUCAUCACAGACUUCCGCCGUCGACAUCCUGGUCAACCAGGUGUGCCGCCCCUAGAGGGGGGAGUAAUGUCACACCCUGAUCUGUUUCACCUGUCUUGUGAUUGUCUCCAACCCCCCCCAGGUGUCUCCCAAUACCUUGUGUAUUAUACCUGCAUUUUCUGUUUGUCUGUUGCCAGUUCUUCUUAUCCCGUCAAGUCCUACCAGCGUGUUCUCGUGUUUCCUGUGCUCUAGUUUUUGCUUUUUCUAGUCUUCCCAGUUCUGACCUUUCUGCCUGACCUGACCCUGAUCCUGCCUGCCGUCCUGUACCUGCCUGACUCUGAUUUGGAUUACGACUCUUUGCCUGCCUUGACCUACCAAUUGCCUGCCCCUUGUACUGUAAUAAACUCUGAGACUCAUACUAUUCACCUCCUGUGUCUGCAUCUGGGUCUUAGCCUGAGCCGUGAUAGGGACCUUAUAUAGACAGGUGUGUGCCUUUCCAAAUCAUGUCCAAUCAAUUGAUUGACUCAAACGCAUUAAGAAGAAAAUUAAUUCCACAAACUAUCUUUUAAGAAGGCACACCUGUUAAUUGAAAUGCAUUCCAGGUGACUACCUCAUGAAGCUGGUUGAGAGAAUGCCAAUAGUGUGCAAAGCUGUCAUCAAAGCAAAGGGUGGCAAUUUGAAGAAUCUCAAUAUAUAAAAUAUAUUUUGAUUUGUUUAACACUUUUUUGGUUACUACAUGAUUCCAUAUGUGUUAUUUCAUAGUUUUGAUGUCUUCACUAUUAUUCUACAAUGUAGAAAAUAGUAAAAAGAAAGAAAACCUUUGAAUGAGUAGGUGUGUCCAAACCUUUGACUGGUACUGUACAUUAAUUAGAUAAAUAAUAAUUAAAUAUCUUAAGUUAGGAAGAUAGUAAAUGAAGUAAACUCACAGAUUUCUUUAUAUAAUCACAUAUAUUUAACCAUUUAGCGAUAAAUAAAAAAUGCUCCCAAUUUAACCAGGCGCUCUAGGCUGGUGUCCAUAGGGUCUGUGCAGCAGGCUGAACGUUUGACGUCCUUAAUAGAGGAAGUCGGUUAGUAGCCAGGCAGGGCUUAUAUUAGUUCUCUGAUCUGUCCUCACAGCACCACGGAGCUUCCGACCCCCAACCAGGAGACCAGCAGCGUCUCGGGGAGUCCCUCAGCCUGACAAACCUGCCACGCCUGCUACACCUACGGUACAGGUACCUGUUUUAAAAAGAAACACCUGGACAGAUGCAUAUUAUACAUCUGGUGAGUUUUUGUUUCUCUUCGGCGCUAUACUAGCAGAUACUGGUGCUCUCAAGGACUGGAGCUAUGAAGUGUGAACCAAUGAAUUUGUUAUGUGUACGCCGGGAGUCAGAAAGCAAGUGCAGAACGUUAAUUUAAUAAUGAACUGAUGCAAAGGAGCAAACAUGAGAAGCGUACUGAACGUGAGAGAAAACAAUAACACCUAGUGACUGAUGACAACUGAGGGCUAAAUAAAGGGGGAGUAAUCAGGGUAGUGAUGAUGUCCAGGUGUGUGUAAUGAUGGUUGCCAGGUGUGCGUAAAUGCUGGGUUGCCAGGACCGGUGGUUAGUAAACCGGCGGCGGUGCAGUGGAACGGGAGUAGACAUGACAGAAUAAAAUUAUGCUUGUACAGUGCCUUCAGAAAGUAUUCAUACCCCUUGACUUAUUCCACAUUUUGUUGUGUUACAGCCUGAAUUCAAAAUGUUCUGUAUGUAAUUGCCCUACUGUAGAUGAAGAGGGCUGACAACUCUGUCUAUUCAUCAUUGUCAUAUUUGUCAUAUAAUGCUCUGUGCCCCCACCCCCCUCCUUUGGUCCUCAGCAGCCCCCCAGCAGCGAGGAGGCAGGACCCAGUAAUAUGGGGACAGAACCCGCCCAGCCAUUAAUGGAGGAGCUGACUAAAGAAGUGGCCUUCCUCAGAGACGUCAGCAAAGUAGACACACACAGUGGAGUACAGGAGGGGCUAGGAGACAAUGUGUGUGUUACUGUCAUACACAUAACACAACACACAAUAUAUUUUCAUUAAUGUUGCUUCAAAACAAAGGUCAAGUGAUGAUGACACACAGACCCAGAGGUCAGUUUGAACUCUCCUCUUGUCUCUUUCCAGGAGGGUCAGAGUGAAGCGACCCCCAGCACCAGUGGAGGGGGGGCAGACACCCCAGCUGUCACUCAGGGAGGGGCUCCCUUGUUGCACCCCAAACCAUCAACCUCCGGUAAGACAGACAAUAGACUGUUGAGUUGGUGAUUUAAAACCCAUCUGUUUAAUUUGGCUUUAGCAAAAUUGCUUAUUUUGGUGUGUGUGUGUGUGUGUGUGUGUGUGUGUGUGUGUGUGUGUGUGUGUGUGUGUGUGGUGUGUGUGUGUGUGUGUGUGUGUGUGUGUGUGUGUGUGUGUGUGUGUGUGUGUGUGUGUGUGUGUGUGUGUGUGUGUGUGUGUGUGUGUGUGUGUGUGUGUGUGUGUGUGUGUGUGUGUGUGUGUGUGUGUGUGUGUGUGUACCAGGCCUGUCUAAGAGAGAGUGUCUGGAAAAGCAGAAAGCGGAGCUGAACACAUACAUGCGCGGCAGAAACCUGAAAGACAGACCAAGAAUCACUUACACAGAGGAGGAGGUCCCCAAAGAUGACCACUACCUCUGUAAGUCAUAUUAUCUCUCUCUCUCUCUUUAUUGGCAUGGGAAACGUAUGUUAACAUUACCAAAGCAAGUGAAGUAGAUAGUAAACAAAAGUGAAAUAAACAAUAGAAAUAAACAGUAAACAUUACACUCAGAAGGUCCAAAAGAAUAAAGACAUUUCAAAUGUCAUAUUAUGUAUAUAUACAGUGUUGUAACAAUGUGCAAAUAGUUAAAGUACAAAUGGGAAAAUAAAUAAACAUAAAUAUGGGUUGUGUUUACAAUGGUGUUUGUUCUUCACUGGUUGCCCUUUUCUUGUGGCAACAGGUCACAAAUUUUGCAGCUGUGAUGGCACACUGUGGUUUUUCACCCAGUAGAUAAGGGAGUUUAUCAAAAUUGGGUUUGUUUUCGAAUUCUUUGUGGAUCUCUGUAAUCUGAGGGAAAUAUGUGUCUCUAAUAUGGUCAUACAUUUGGCAGGUGGUUAGGAAGUGUAGCUCAGUUUCCACCUCAUUUUGUGGGCAGUGUGCACAUAGCCUAAGGCGGCCUUUCUCAAUAGCAAGGCUAUGCUCACUGAGUCUGUACAUAGUCAAAGCUUUCCUUAAGUUUGGGUCAGUCACAGUGGUCAGGUAUUCUACCACUGUGUACUCUCUGUUUAGGGCCAAAUAGCAUUCUAGUUUGCUCAGUUUUUUUGUUAAUUAUUUCCAAUGUGUCAAGUAAUUAUCUUUUUGUUUUCUCAUGAUUUGGUUGUGUUGUUGUUGUUGUUGUUGUCCUGGGGCUGUGUGGGGUCUGUUUGUGUUUGUGAACAGAGCUCCAGGAGCAGCUUACUUAGGGGACUCUUCUCCAAGUUCAUCUAUCUGUAGGUGAUGGCUUUGUUAUGGAAGGUUUGGGAAUCGCUUUCUUUUAAGUGGUUAUAGAAUUUAACGGCUCUUUUCUGGAUUUUGAUCAUUAUCGGGUAUCGGCUUAAUUCUGCUCUGCAUGCAUUAUUUGGUGUUUUUUGUUGUACACUGAGGACAUCUUAGCUGAAUUCUGCAUGCAGAGUCUCAAUUUGGUGUUUGUCCCAUUUUGAGAAUUUUUGGUUGGUGAGCGGACCCCAGACCUCACAACCAUAAAGGGCAAUCGGUUCUAUAACUGAUUCAAGUUUUUUUAGCCAGAUCCUAAUAGGUAUGUUAAAUUUUAUGUUCCCUUUGAUGGCAUAGAAGGCCUUUCUUGCCUUGUCUCUCAGAUUGUUCACAGCCUACCUGUGGCGCUGAGGUAUGUAUAGUUUUUUGUGUGCUCUCGCUUUCUCUCAACCACACUGGUGUUUUACAUUUUGAAUGCAUGUCUUCAUCGUCAUCAUGACAACUGACGUUUAACAUGUUCUGUUUAUCUUUCUCUCUCCCAGACUGUGAGGACUGCAAGUCUUUCUUCAUGGAUGAGUGUGAGCUCCAUGGUCCCCCCCUCUUCGUCCCUGACAUCCCUGCCCCUCUAGGAGCCUCUGACAGGGCCAGACUCACCCUGCCGUCCGGCCUGGAGGUCAGGACAUCAAGCAUCCCUGAAGCAGGACUGGGGGUGUUCAACCAAGGAAACAUUGUGCCUGCAGGAGCCCAUUAUGGACCUUAUGAAGGAGAGCUCACAGACAAGGACCAAGCCAUGGAGAGUGGAUACUCCUGGGUGGUGAGAGGAGUGUGUGUGUCAUUGGGCUGUUCUUACAUUUUCUCAAACCUGAUCAAAACUCUAUGAAUAUGAGUUGUUGUUUUCCUCAGAUCUACAAGAGCAGACACUGGGAGGACUACAUCGAUGCUGGGAGAGACACUCACUCCAACUGGAUGAGGUAAGCAACACUGAAGUACAGAGGAAGUCUCUCAGUCCUCUUUUUCCUGUCUCACUCUAUCUGAUGAACCUCAAUAAAUCCAUGUCUUGUACAUAAUGAACCCCCUACUGCUCUCUCGCUCUCUCCUCUCUCUCUCUCUCUCUCUCUCUCUCUCUCUCUCUCUCUCUCUCUCUCUCUCUCUCUCCUCUCUCUCUCUCUCUCUCUCUCUCUCUCUCUCUCUCUCUCUCUCUCUCUCUCUCUCUCUCUCUCUCUCUCUCUCUCUCUCUCUCUCUCAGGUAUGUGAACUGUGCUCGUAGUGAAGAAGAACAGAAUCUGGUGGCCUUCCAGUACAGAGGAGGGAUUCUGUAUCGCUGCUGUAAGCCCAUAGCUGUUGGCGAGGAGCUGUUGGUUUGGUACGGAGUGGAGUACGCCAGAGACCUGGGCAUUGUCUUCGACUACCUCUGGGACAAAAAGAGCUCUGCUAAAGGUACUUUACUCUCUCUCCUCACUUCCUCCUCUCUUCAUCCCUCUCUCUCUUCCUCUGGAACAACAAGAGCACUACCCUUACUUUAUCCUCCGUUCACUCCUCUUACAUUCAUUUUAUUUGUACCUCCUAUUACUUAAUUAUUACUCAUUAAUACUAAUUUCUCAAAUGAAACUCAUUAUUGAGUUAAAUAUAUUUUCUGUUGUGUUUUAUCAUACUGGUCCUGAGUUUUCUGUUCAUGUCAAGUUGUCUGGAACAAUAAUGAUCAUGCACCUUGUGAUCUUGUUAUGUUUUCUCUUCUUUUAAUUACUCUCUCUUUCUCUCUCCCCUCCAUCUCUCUCAGAUGUGAACGCUGAGUCAUCCCAGUUCCAGAUCUUCUCGUGCUCUGGCUGUCCGUUCUCCUUCACCUCUCAGAUCUUCCUCCACAAGCACAUAAAGAGAUGUCACCAUGAUGAGUAUGUCAGGCUUUUGAGGAGUGAGGAGAUCAGAUCAGAGAAUCUCAUGUCCUCCAGCAGCUCACAAUACCAUGGAACCACCUCAGGUUCCUCCAACCCAGCUCCCACCAGGAAACAGAGAGAGACGGACAAGCCACGACCACACAGCUGCUCUCAGUGUGGGAAGAGUUUCAGUUUAGAGGGUAAUCUCAUCAAACACCAGCGCACUCACACAGGAGAGAAGCUGUUCUACUGCUCCCAGUGUGGGAAGAGUUUCAGUCAAAAGGGUCAUCUCAGAACACACCAGCUCACUCACACAGGAGAGAAGCUGUUCUACUGCUCCCAGUGUGGGAAGAGUUUCAGUCAAAAGGGUCAUCUCAGAACACACCAGCUCACUCACACAGGAGAGAAGCCGUUCUACUGCUCCCAGUGUGGGAAGACUUUCAGUAGAGCAGGUCAUCUCAUCAGACACCAGCGCACUCACACAGGAGAGAAGCCGUUCCACUGCUCCCAGUGUGGGAAGAGUUUCAGUCAGUCGAGAAAUCUAAAGAGACACCAGUGUUCUAAAAAGAGUAAAGAAGUGGAACUUUAGAUUUCUCUUGAAAUUGGGGCGGUGAUGUGA